AUGAGCCUGUCCUUCCUCCUCCUCCUCUCCCUCAGCCACCUGAUCCUCAGCGCCUGGGCUCACGGGGAGAAGCGCGUCGCCCCCAGAGGGCGACCCGGACCCGCCGCUGCCGCUCGGAACCCGGGAGGCUCCCGCGGCAGCAGCUCCGCGUCGUCCUCUUCCUCUGCCUCCGCCUCCCCCGCGGCUCCUCCGGGCGGCCCGGGAGGCGGCUUGGAGCAGAGCAGCUUCCAGUGGAGCCCCUCGGGGCGCCGCACCGGCAGCCUCUACUGCAGGGUGGGCAUCGGUUUCCAUCUGCAGAUCUACCCGGAUGGCAAAGUCAAUGGCUCCCACGAAGCCAACGUGCUAAGCCAAGUUUACGGAUGACUGCAAGUUCAGGGAGCGGUUUCAAGAAAACAGCUACAACACCUAUGCCUCAGCGAUACACAGGACCGAGAACACAGGGCGGGAGUGGUACGUGGCCCUGAACAAGAGAGGCAAAGCCAAGCGAGGCUGCAGCCCCCGGGUGAAACCCCAGCACGUCUCUACCCACUUCCUGCCCAGAUUCAAGCAGUCGGAGCAGCCGGAACU